AAAAAACUGAAACUAAAGUAUUAUCUAUGGAAAAUACAAUAAUAUUUAGCAUGUUUUGGAAGUUUAGAAUUUUUAAGAUUAAAAAUAUUUAGAUGAGUUUACAUCUAGAAGAAGCAAACGAAACGCAACAAUUAAUGCAGAAUGAAGGUGAAGAUGACGAACAAAAGAUACCACAAAGUGCGACUUCGCCUGUCACGAGUAAUAAGAUAUCAAGCGAAGCCGCAAGCUUAACAUCAAAAAAUCAUGAAAAAGUACUCACCAGUACUGGUAACAGUCUAAACGAAUCCACGAAGGUGUCGUACGUAAAUGAAAGACGUCUUCAAAGAGAUUUUAUGCGCUCGAAUUAUACUAAUAGACCCAAGAACAUACCAAAAGAAACCCCAGAUGUUAAGAACAUGGAGAAAGCACUACUUGAGCUAUUAGAUGAUUUUCACACAGGAAAGUUAAGUGCUUUUGGAUCAGGUUGUAGCAUGGAACAAAUGAUUAACAUAAGAGAUCAACAGGAGCACUUAGCCAGGUUGCAUUUCCGUUUGUGUGCUGAUGUAGAUAAACCCACAGAAGAUAAUUUUGAAAAUUCAGCAUCUAGAGAUAAAAUGGAACAGCUUGUUAAAAGCUUGGAACAGUUGUCGAAUUCUAUAGAAAGACUACAUUGUGACACAAAUCCAUGUAGCAGUAGUGAAGAAAAACCAUAACCUAAAAUUUAUUUUAUUUAAAGUAGUAUAGUUUCACUUUGUAACAUGUAGGUGUUUAAUAUUUUUUUGCAUUGAAAGUUUAUAUUAUCACUUAGAAAAUGUUCCAAUCCAAUUACCUAUUAUAUUAUAUUGCUUAAAAAAGCAAAACUGAUCAAUUUCACACACUAAUAUUGUGUUCUGUUUUGUUUUUAAAUAUUAUUUCAUGUUUAAUACUAGUUGAAUGAUAAUCCAAAAAUAUAUUUUAUGUUUUCAAGAAUUGUUACAAUUGAAUUACAUCAAGGAGAUAUGUGUCAAAUAUAUUCUUAAUUUCUAAUUUGUUUAUCUGUUAAUGACUGAAAUUGAAACAUCAAUCCACACUGGAAGAACUUUGUACAUAGUGCUGUAUUUAUAAUUCUAUUUAGACUUUAAUUUAAAUUGGUGAUUAAUAAAGUAUGACCAAAAUUAAAUUUCCUGUGUCAGUAUUUAUUGAAAAAGAGUGCAGGUAUAGAAUCAAGUUUUUAUGAUACUGGUCUUUAUUAUGUAUAUCAAUAAAAUUCUACUUUCUAAUUUUUUUGACAAACUGUUGGAUUACAAAUAAUGUAAGAGUUAUGUUCUUAAAGCAAUAUUAGUAGGUAAAAAAAAGUUAUUUUUAACAUUGGUUUUUUCUUUCAUAAUAGGUAUGAAGACAGUAAUAUUAUUUUAGUUAACCGACGUUGUAUACAAAUGUUUUAAACAUUAUAAUUGCAUAACUUCUUUUGUGUUUUUAAUCAUUUUACAUUAAUAUAUAUCAGAUGAUAUAAUAAUUUUCAACUAAUGGAAAGAUAAAGCAUUCUAUCACAAGACUGUUAAAACUCCUGGUAAUCUUCUACUUCCCCUAUCAUUGCUUGUGAUUAAUACCACUAGACUAAUUUACUUUAACAAUUGUUUCCCACAUAUCAAUCCUAAUUCCAGUCAAGCUCUCUUGGUACCAAAGGCUGCAUGUGCCAGUUUUAAAGAUUUUAAUGUAAAAGUCAAUGGUAAAUAAUCUAUGCUAAUACAAUAUGUUAAGGAAGUAAGUGAACUAUUUGAACAUGUUUUUAUAAUCACAAAAAUAUUGGAUGAUAAGAGUGUUUAUUACGAAGAUAUUUUCGGCAAGUUGGACACCUUUUGUUGCUUUGUUUGAGAGCAGCAUCUAUACAUUUCUUACAAAAUAAAUGACCACAUAUGGUUGAUACUAUGUUAUUAUUUAAAAGAGAAUCUAAACAGAUUGGGCAAUCUCCUAUACCUGUCCUAGGUUUUUCAGUUUGGAUUUUAUUUAAAUCUUCACAAAUAGAUGUUUCUACAAGUAAUCUUUUACUACUGUUUGAUACUUUAUUGUUCAAACUCAAGGAUUCUUUGGUGAGAUUAAAGGAUUCUAUAGCAUUAUUUGCAGAACUAUUUUGAGUUGAAUAAUUGACAUUCCCAACAGAUGUAUUUGUAGAAAUAGUCCUACAAUUUGUAUGUAUUGGUGAAUGAUUUAAAUCUAGCAAAAUGCUAAUUACAUCUGAAUCGUCCGACACUUCAAUGAACUGAUUAUUUGUCUUUGUAUUAGUGAUCUUAGACGUAAAUCUUUCUGGUCUAACAUCUUUUAAGUUUGAAUUUUCACAUAUAAUUUCAAUACAUUCACAUUCUUCUUGAGGUUGUAAUGUUGUUAUUACAUUAUUGGAGUAAUCGUUGUCAUCAUCGAUAAUUACAGUUAUGUCAUUUUUGGCUGGCAGAUACGUAUUCUUAACUUUUUUUUUUUUUAUAACUUCAGUCUUUUGUUUUUUGUCAUUUUCACCUAUAUUUGUUUUGUCUUCGUCAAUUAUAAAAACCUCAUCAAUAAUUUGAAUGUCAUUGUCAGUACUAUCUAUAUUCUCAAUUAGUAUUGGUUUUGCUUUCUCAACUUCAUUUUUGUGGUCAGUAAGUUCAAUCAGCACAUCAGUAUAGUUAAAAGAAUCAUUUGUUUCUGGCAAAUGUUUUGUUUCUAUAGCACAUAUAAAACUAUUAGACAAAUUAUCAUCAUUUUUCAUAAUUGUUUCCAUAUCUGUAGAUGUACUUGGCAGAGGUGAAAAUUUUUGACAUGUGCCAUAAUCAUAAAUAAUUGUUUUAUCACUGCAGUCACUAUGAUUUUCGUCUUCAUUACGCUCACUGUUGUUUGAUUUGUUAAGUGUUUCAGCACUUAUUUUGACUUUUGAGUCCACAUGGUUUAUUCUUUUACAUUCAUCAAAAGGUAUUUCAUCCGUUUCAUCAGUUAAGUCAAUGGUACAAUCAUUUUCGUUCGAAACAAAUUCUGUAGAUUUUUUUAUUUCAAAUAAUUUAUCAUUUGAGAACUUUGUAUAUAAUCCACUGGCUUGUUCUUGUGUUUGAGAGAAGGAAUCUUGGGUAUUCAAGCUUUUCUUAUAUGUUGAUUCAAUAGUUUGAGCGUUUGGGUAUUUAGGUAUGUCUUUAAAUUCAGUAGGUGAAAAUUGUAACUGUAAGUCUUGAGAACUCUGAUUAUUAUUAACAGCAGAAGUGUUUGAAUUGAUAUCUAUUGAAUUAUCAUUAGAAUCUUCGAACAUUCGCUCUAAAUCGACAAGAGACGGCAAGGGUCUCGCAUUACUGCAGCGCCUUGAUUUUUUAUUAGUAAACUUAUAUUUUGACUUCAUAGUGGUUUUUGUAGCUGCUGGGUAUAAUUUCUUACUAGAAUUAUUUCCUUUUUCAAGCAUUUCGUGAAUAUUAAUAGUACGUUUUUUAUUGUUGAAAUUCAUUUUUUACUAACGAAUUAGCAUUUUAUUUGUAUUUUUUUAUUAUCCACAAUCUAUAUAAUACAAUUUAUGUACCUUAAUUAAUAUACCAUGGUACGGAGUUACGUCUGUGGUGAUUUUUGUUUGUGCAUUAUUUGUUUUUAAAUAUGUUUAAACAACUUCAAGAGUACCUAGGUUCUUAGAUCCGAACGCAUGUUAGUAUGUUAAAGUAUGUUUUAAA